AUGAAUCCUCCUAUAUUUACAGGGGCUAAGACAUCAGAGGAUCCACAAGAGGUUUUAGAAGAGGUGCAUAAGAUCGUUGUGGAUAUUGGGGCCACUGAUAUUAAGAAGGCUGAGUUGGCUUCCUAUCAGCUUAAGUUGAUGGUGCAUGUCCACCAGGUAGAUGAGAGGUGCAGAAAGAGAGGUUUUUGUGAUUUUAAGAGGCCUAGGCCUCAAGAUAGGAUUGCUAUAGCAGAACUCAAAGUGUUGAAGCUAAAGUUGAAAGAUCUCACUGAUAAGGGUUUCAUUCGGCCAAACAUAUCCCCUUGGAGAACUCCAGUGUUGCUUGUAAAGAUUAAAGAUGUGACCCUUAAAAUGUGUAUCGAUUAUCGGAAGCUCAACAAAGUCAGUAUCGAUAACAAUAUCCACUUCACAGGAUAG